GAGCGGGGGCGGGGCGGCUAUAGCGCGGAGUCGGUUCGAACGCGCGCCGGGCUGAGGGACGGCUCCGCAUAGCGGACCAGCGUCGCAGCUGAGCGGAGGGCGCGCGCCGCGUACAGGUUACAUUUGUUGGAUAUUUCCAUUAUGAUGGCACAGCGGACAGUACUGGAGGACCCUGAGAGAUAUCUCUUUGUGGACAGGGCAGUAAUCUACAACCCUGCUACACAGGCUGACUGGACUGCUAAAAAAUUGGUGUGGAUUCCUUCAGAACGUCAUGGCUUUGAAGCAGCCAGCAUCAAAGAGGAGAGGGGAGAUGAAGUUUUGGUUGAACUGGCUGAAAAUGGAAAGAAAGCGGUUGUAAACAAAGAUGAUAUUCAGAAGAUGAAUCCUCCCAAAUUUUCUAAAGUGGAAGACAUGGCAGAAUUAACAUGCUUAAAUGAAGCUUCUGUUCUGCAUAAUUUGAAGGACCGAUACUAUUCUGGGCUCAUUUAUACAUACUCUGGACUCUUCUGUGUAGUCAUAAAUCCUUACAAGAAUCUCCCAAUUUAUUCUGAGAACAUCAUUGAAAUGUACAGGGGAAAGAAACGCCAUGAGAUGCCUCCACAUAUUUAUGCAAUAUCUGAAUCUGCAUAUAGGUGCAUGUUGCAAGAUCGUGAAGACCAAUCAAUUCUUUGCACAGGUGAAUCAGGUGCUGGAAAAACAGAGAACACCAAGAAAGUUAUUCAAUAUCUCGCACAUGUUGCUUCCUCUCACAAAGGAAGAAAGGACCACAAUAUUCCUCCCGAGUCACCUAAGCCAGUGAAACAUCAGAGUGGAUCCCUGUUGUAUGGUGAACUGGAGCGUCAGCUUCUACAAGCCAAUCCAAUUCUGGAAUCCUUUGGGAAUGCAAAGACUGUGAAAAAUGAUAAUUCCUCCCGUUUUGGCAAGUUCAUCAGAAUAAAUUUUGAUGUUACUGGUUAUAUUGUUGGGGCCAACAUUGAAACAUACUUACUUGAAAAGUCACGUGCAGUUCGUCAAGCCAAAGAUGAGCGGACAUUUCAUAUCUUCUAUCAGCUGCUUGCUGGGGCAGGUGAACACUUGAAAGCUGACUUACUCCUUGAGGGGUUUAAUAACUACAGAUUCCUGUCCAAUGGCUACAUACCCAUUCCUGGCCAGCAAGAUAAGGAUAAUUUUCAAGAGACUAUGGAAGCUAUGCAUAUCAUGGGCUUUUCUCAUGAUGAAAUCUUGGCUAUGUUGAAAGUGGUAUCAUCAGUACUGCAGUUUGGUAACAUUUCCUUCAAGAAGGAGCGGAAUACUGAUCAGGCAUCUAUGCCAGAAAAUACAGUUGCACAGAAACUCUGUCACCUGUUGGGAAUGAAUGUAAUGGAAUUUACUCGAGCAAUACUUACUCCACGCAUCAAAGUGGGCAGAGACUAUGUCCAGAAGGCACAAACCAAAGAACAAGCUGACUUUGCAGUAGAGGCUUUGGCAAAAGCCACAUACGAGCGCCUUUUCCGAUGGCUUGUUCACCGUAUUAACAAAGCUCUGGAUAGGACCAAGAGACAGGGAGCUUCUUUUAUUGGCAUCCUGGACAUUGCUGGAUUUGAAAUCUUUGAGUUAAAUUCCUUUGAACAACUUUGUAUCAACUACACCAAUGAAAAACUGCAGCAGUUAUUCAACCACACCAUGUUUAUCUUGGAGCAGGAAGAGUAUCAAAGGGAGGGCAUAGAGUGGAACUUUAUUGACUUUGGACUGGAUCUACAACCUUGUAUUGAUUUAAUUGAAAGACCUGCAAACCCCCCUGGCGUACUUGCUCUGCUAGAUGAAGAAUGUUGGUUUCCUAAAGCAACUGACAAGACAUUUGUGGAAAAAUUGGUCCAGGAACAAGGUACUCAUUCCAAAUUCCAGAAGCCUCGGCAGCUGAAGGAUAAGGCAGACUUCUGUAUCAUACAUUAUGCAGGAAGGGUGGACUACAAGGCAGAUGAGUGGCUUAUGAAAAACAUGGACCCUCUGAAUGACAAUGUGGCCACCCUUCUGCACCAGUCUUCUGACAAAUUUGUUGCAGAGCUUUGGAAGGAUGUGGACCGUAUUGUGGGUCUAGAUCAAGUGACUGGGAUAACAGAGACUGCUUUUGGCUCAGCUUACAAGACCAAGAAGGGCAUGUUCCGUACCGUGGGACAACUAUACAAAGAGUCACUCACCAAAUUGAUGGCCACACUCCGAAACACUAACCCAAAUUUUGUGCGCUGCAUCAUUCCAAACCAUGAAAAGAGGGCCGGAAAGCUGGAUCCACACCUAGUUCUAGAUCAGCUUCGCUGUAAUGGUGUUCUAGAAGGAAUAAGGAUUUGUCGACAAGGAUUUCCAAAUAGGAUUGUGUUCCAAGAGUUUAGGCAGAGGUAUGAGAUUCUGACUCCUAAUGCAAUUCCUAAGGGUUUUAUGGAUGGGAAGCAGGCUUGUGAGAGAAUGAUCAGAGCACUGGAGCUGGAUCCCAACUUGUACAGAAUUGGACAGAGCAAGAUUUUUUUCCGAGCUGGUGUUCUGGCACAUCUGGAAGAAGAAAGGGAUCUGAAGAUAACAGACAUCAUUAUCUUCUUCCAGGCAGUCUGCAGGGGAUACCUUGCCAGAAAGGCCUUUGCGAAGAAGCAACAGCAGCUGAGUGCAUUGAAAGUUCUGCAGAGAAAUUGUGCUGCCUAUUUAAAGUUAAGGCACUGGCAGUGGUGGAGGGUGUUCACAAAGGUGAAGCCUUUGCUUCAAGUUACUCGCCAGGAGGAAGAACUUCAGGCUAAGGAUGAGGAACUGAUGAAAGUGAAGGAAAGACAGAUCAAGGUGGAAUCAGAACUUGAAGAGAUGGAAAGGAAACAUCAGCAGCUUCUAGAAGAGAAGAACAUCCUUGCAGAGCAGUUGCAAGCAGAGACAGAACUCUUUGCUGAAGCUGAGGAGAUGAGAGCCCGACUAGCUGCCAAGAAGCAAGAGUUAGAAGAAAUUCUCCAUGAUUUAGAAUCCAGAGUAGAGGAGGAAGAAGAAAGGAACCAAGUGCUACAAAAUGAAAAGAAAAAAAUGCAGACUCAUAUACAGGAUUUAGAGGAGCAGCUUGACGAAGAAGAAGGUGCUCGACAGAAGCUGCAGCUUGAGAAGGUUACAGCAGAAGCCAAAAUAAAGAAGAUGGAAGAAGAAAUCUUACUGUUAGAGGACCAGAAUUCCAAAUUUCUUAAGGAGAAGAAAUUAAUGGAUGAUAGAAUUGCAGAGUGUACUUCACAGCUGGCUGAAGAAGAAGAAAAGGCAAAAAAUUUGGCUAAACUCAAGAACAAGCAAGAAAUGAUGAUCACAGAUCUGGAAGAGCGCUUGAAAAAAGAAGAAAAAACUCGUCAAGAGCUAGAAAAAGCUAAAAGGAAACUUGAUGGAGAGACCACUGACCUACAGGACCAAAUUGCAGAGUUGCAAGCCCAGAUUGAGGAAUUAAAAAUCCAGCUUGCCAAAAAAGAGGAAGAGCUUCAGGCUGCCCUUGCCAGAGGGGAUGAAGAAGUUGUGCAAAAGAACAAUGCACUAAAACUUAUACGAGAAUUGCAAGCUCAAAUUGCAGAGCUACAAGAGGAUCUUGAAUCAGAAAAAGCUUCUCGCAACAAGGCAGAAAAGCAGAAGAGAGACCUGAGCGAGGAGUUGGAGGCACUGAAGACAGAGCUGGAAGAUACCUUGGACACCACUGCAGCUCAACAGGAGCUCAGGACAAAGCGUGAGCAGGAAGUUGCUGAACUGAAGAAAGCACUUGAAGAAGAAACCAAGAAUCAUGAAGCCCAAAUUCAGGACAUUAGACAGAGACAUGCAACAGCCUUGGAAGAGCUCUCAGAACAGCUUGAACAAGCCAAAAGAUUCAAGACAAAUCUCGAAAAGAACAAGCAGUGUUUGGAAACGGAUAACAAAGAGCUGGCUUGUGAAGUGAAAGUGUUGCAGCAGGUUAGAGCUGAGUCUGAACACAAAAGGAAGAAGCUCGAUGGUCAAGUACAGGAACUGCAGGCCAAGGUCACAGAAGGAGAGAGACUGAGGACAGAGUUGUCAGAAAAAGCAAACAAGCUUCAGAAUGAGCUGGACAAUGUUUCAAGUCUCCUGGAAGAAGCAGAGAAAAAGGGCAUAAAAUUUGCUAAAGAUGCUGCCAGUUUGGAGUCUCAGCUACAAGAUACACAGGAGCUGUUGCAAGAGGAGACUCGCCAGAAACUGAACUUGAGUAGCAGGAUUCGACAGUUGGAGGAAGAGAAGAACAAUCUGCAAGAACAGCAGGAAGAAGAGGAGGAAGCAAGAAAAAAUCUGGAGAAACAUGUGAUAGCUCUGCAGGCUCAGCUGGCUGAUGCUAAAAAGAAGGUAGAUGAUGACCUGGGGACUAUUGAAGGACUGGAGGAGAAUAAGAGGAAGCUGCUGAAGGAUAUGGAAAUUCUGAGCCAACGACUAGAAGAAAAGGCCAUGGCUUAUGAUAAAUUGGAGAAGACCAAGAACCGUCUUCAACAAGAGCUGGAUGACUUGAUGGUGGACCUGGAUCAUCAGCGCCAGAUUGUUUCUAACUUGGAGAAGAAGCAGAAGAAAUUUGAUCAGAUGCUGGCAGAAGAGAAGACUAUAACUGCUCGUUAUGCAGAAGAAAGAGACCGUGCAGAAGCUGAGGCACGAGAAAAAGAAACCAAAGCAUUGUCCCUGGCACGGGCCCUGGAGGAAGCUUUGGAAGCCAAGGAAGAGUUUGAGAGGCAGAACAAGCAACUCCGGGCAGACAUGGAGGACCUAAUGAGUUCCAAAGACGAUGUGGGCAAAAAUGUUCAUGAGCUGGAAAAAUCCAAGCGCACCUUGGAGCAGCAAGUAGAGGAGAUGCGAACACAACUAGAAGAGCUAGAGGAUGAGUUGCAAGCUACCGAAGAUGCCAAAUUGCGCCUGGAAGUGAAUAUGCAGGCCAUGAAAGCACAGUUUGAGAGGGAUCUUCAAGCAAGGGAUGAGCAGAAUGAAGAGAAGAAGAGACUCUUGAUAAAACAGGUCCGGGAGUUGGAAGCAGAAUUGGAAGAUGAGAGGAAGCAGCGAGCUCUGGCUGUAGCAUCGAAGAAGAAAAUGGAGGCAGACCUGAAGGACCUAGAAGCUCAGAUUGAGGCUGCAAACAAGGCCCGCGAUGAAGCAAUCAAGCAGCUGCGCAAGCUGCAGGCUCAAAUGAAAGAUUAUCAGCGUGAACUAGAAGAGGCCCGGGCAUCUAGAGAUGAAAUCUUUGCUCAGUCAAAGGAGAAUGAGAAAAAGCUCAAGAGCCUUGAAGCAGAAAUCCUUCAACUGCAAGAAGAACUUGCUGCCUCAGAGAGAGCCAGACGCCAUGCAGAGCAAGAAAGGGAUGAAUUAGCUGAUGAGAUUGCCAACAGUGCCUCUGGAAAAUCUGCCUUGCUUGAUGAGAAACGACGCCUGGAAGCUCGAAUUGCACAGCUGGAGGAGGAACUAGAGGAAGAGCAAAGCAACAUGGAGCUCCUCAACGAUCGUUUCCGUAAAACUACUCUGCAGGUUGACACAUUAAACUCUGAACUGGCUGCAGAGCGGAGUACUGCCCAGAAGAGUGAGAAUGCACGUCAGCAGCUUGAACGACACAACAAAGAACUGAAAGCCAAACUACAAGAGCUGGAGGGUUCAGUAAAGUCUAAGUUCAAAGCAACCAUUUCAGCACUGGAAGCAAAGAAUGGGCAGCUAGAGGAGCAGCUGGAGCAGGAGGCCAAGGAAAGGGCAGCAGCCAAUAAAUUAGUACGACGCACAGAGAAGAAACUGAAAGAGGUAUUCAUGCAGGUGGAGGAUGAGCGCCGGCAUGCAGACCAGUACAAGGAACAGAUGGAAAAGGCCAAUGCUAGGAUGAAGCAGCUAAAACGCCAGCUGGAAGAGGCAGAGGAGGAGGCUACACGUGCUAAUGCCUCACGCCGUAAGCUCCAGCGUGAGCUGGAUGAUGCCACUGAAGCUAACGAGGGUCUUAGCAGGGAGGUCAGCACUCUGAAAAACAGGCUAAGGAGGGGUGGACCAAUCACCUUUUCAUCCAGCCGAUCUGGGAGGCGCCAACUGCACAUUGAAGGUGCUUCCUUGGAGCUUUCAGAUGAUGAUGCUGAGAGUAAGGGCAGUGAUAUCAAUGAGCCUCAAACUGCCCAAGCAGAGUAGAAAUGCCACACCGUAUUGUACAGCCAGCAUCCUCGCCAAGGGACUUUCCCCCCUGUGCAUUUGGAAGAGGAAGACGACAACCUCAUUGGCCACCAAAUUGCCUUGUGGCCCUAGAUUUGCUUUUAGCAAAACUGGCACAGUGCUAGGUCAUGCAUAGCAAGUCAGUGACAGCAUCCUGCUGUUUGGCAUUGCCGUGUUGUAACCUGCUUUGAAUAUAGGUACCACUGCUUCUUAUGCGUAUUAAAAUGUCUCUGUUCAGUGCUUUCUGUUUCAAAGUAUCCAUUGUAAAGCCAUUUCCUAAGGCGCCGCGCGACUGACGGUGCUCCUUCUGUUCCUUCUGAAAUAUCAUUCCCAGGCAGCUGGCUCCGCCUUUUUCUAUGCAUGCUUAGUUGUACAGCAGUGGCACUCCAUUUCUUCCGGUCUUGUCAGUCCUGCUCUGCAAAACCUUAUGGUGCCCUCUUCCUGUUAUUCUAUGAUGGACUUAAAAUCAACACAUUGACUGUGAAAAUGUCCAGUGGGGCUUCAGGGGGGAACCUAAAAUUAAGAGUAGCAUCAUUACCAGUUUCUGAAGCCCAUAUGUAUGCUAAUUAACGAGCACUUGUUUCCAGACCUGCUUACACCUGCAUCCUGACAGAGAGGCCAAUUUCUGCCUAUUCAUACAGUGCAAGUUGGACAUUAGAUUGCUUCCCUCCCCAGCAACUGUUUUGCUGCUAAAGUUCUGGGUGGGGGCAGGAGUACUGAAGCUUUUGCCAGCCUCCCUGGUGCCCGUCAGUGUGUCUGCCAGAGGAGAGCAUAUGGAGACUGCCUGUAAGUGGACAUGCCAGUGGAGCUACCCUCUUCCUUCUUCUCACUUUCAUUUGGACAGUGUUGACUGCACCUAGCUAGUAUCCUUUUGUUUCAUAGCCGAGAACUGACAUUUACAGAAAGUGCCUUAGACACUACAGUACUAAGACAACGUUACAUAUAUGAUUUGCCUAUAACAAUGAUUUAAUGUAUUAAUUUUUGUUCACCAUAUCAUGUUACAGCUCUUCUAGUCCAAGUGGUAUUAUUGCUAUUCAGUGAUAAGGAUGAAUCAGUGUUUACUAUGGAAUCUUGAUCUCUUGCAACAUGCUUGAAAAAAAUAUUUUUCAUUGGUUGAAAGCUUUAACAUACAUUACAAAGCUUUUGUUUUUGUGCAUUUGGGUAUUACUCAUAACUGGCUGUUGACCACCAGACAUCUGACUGCAAAUACCUUGUUUCUUUGUAUUCCCAUAUUUCUAGACAAUGAUUUUUGUAAGACAAUAAAUUUAUUCAUUCUAGAGACUCA